AUUCACUGAUUAGAGCCAGCGCUGAGAGGCAGCACUGCUCCUUCUCUCACACCAACCGAGUCUCUUGAUCUGUACAUGCAAUCCCAGGCAGCUCGCGAACACAAACCCCGGGCCAGCCGCCUAUUGCUGCUGCCGCCGCCGCCACCACCGCUACCGCCGCCGGCUCUGCGCACCCGGGACUUCUCAUGCACUGCACUCCCCGCCUUCUUCCCUGUGUGUCCUGAAAAGUGCGACCGUUCUCCCCAGGAAUUUACACGGUCUUAGAAGGGGAUGAUUCCCCAGUGAUAUUCCCUGCCCUGAUUCAAGGUGCUGCUUGGCCUCCCUCCCAGGGAAGACUGUUUCUUGUCUGACUCCGGCCACAGAAAGAAACUCCGAUGGACUUACACCGGGCAGCCUUCAAGAUGGAGAAUUCAUCCUACCUUCCCAACCCUCUGGCAUCCCCAGCACUGAUGGUCCUGGCAUCCACGGCUGAGGCUAGCCGCGAUGCUUCCAUCCCUUGUCAGCAGCCACGGCCCUUUGGUGUACCUGUCUCAGUAGACAAGGACGUGCACAUCCCAUUCACCAACGGCUCCUACACCUUUGCCUCUAUGUACCACCGGCAAGGUGGGGUGCCAGGCACUUUUGCCAACCGUGAUUUCCCCCCUUCUUUACUACACCUCCACCCUCAGUUUGCUCCCCCAAACCUAGAUUGCACCCCAAUUAGUAUGCUGAAUCAUAGUGGCGUGGGGGCUUUCCGUCCCUUUGCUUCCACUGAGGACCGGGAGAGCUAUCAGUCAGCCUUCACGCCGGCCAAGCGACUUAAGAACUGCCAUGACACAGAGUCUCCCCACUUGCGCUUCUCAGAUGCAGAUGGCAAGGAAUAUGACUUUGGGACACAGCUGCCAUCUAGCUCCCCCGGUUCACUUAAGGUUGACGACACAGGGAAGAAAAUUUUUGCUGUCUCUGGCCUCAUUUCUGAUCGGGAAGCCUCAUCUAGUCCAGAGGAUCGAAAUGACAGAUGUAAGAAGAAGGCAGCAGCACUGUUUGACAGCCAGGCCCCCAUUUGCCCCAUCUGCCAAGUCCUACUGAGGCCCAGCGAGUUGCAGGAGCACAUGGAGCAGGAACUGGAACAACUGGCCCAACUGCCUGCCAGCAAGAAUUCUCUUCUGAAGGAUGCCAUGGCUCCAGGAACCCCCAAGUCCCUUCUGUUGUCUGCAUCUAUCAAGAGGGAGGGCGAGUCUCCAACAGCGUCACCACACUCAUCUGCCACUGACGACCUGCACCACUCAGACAGAUACCAGACCUUCCUGCGAGUGCGAGCCAACCGGCAGACCAGACUGAAUGCUCGGAUUGGGAAAAUGAAACGGAGGAAGCAAGAUGAAGGGCAGAGGGAGGGCUCUUGCCUGACUGAGGAGGAUGCUGUAGACAUCGAGCAUGAGAACAGCACCCGCUUUGAGGAAUAUGAGUGGUGUGGGCAGAAGCGGAUACGGGCAACCACCCUCCUGGAAGGUGGCUUCCGAGGCUCUGGCUUCGUCAUGUGCAGCGGCAAAGAGAACCCGGAUAGUGAUGCUGACUUGGAUGUAGAUGGAGAUGACACUCUGGAGUAUGGGAAGCCACAGUACACAGAAGCCGAUGUCAUCCCUUGUACAGGCGAGGAACCUGGUGAAGCCAAGGAGAGAGAGGCACUCCGGGGUGCAGUUCUAAAUGGUGGCCCUCCCAGCACACGCAUCACACCUGAGUUCUCUAAGUGGGCAAGUGAUGAGAUGCCUUCCACCAGCAAUGGUGAGAGCAGCAAACAGGAAGCGAUGCAGAAGACCUGCAAGAAUAGCGACAUCGAAAAAAUCACUGAAGAUUCAGCUGUGACGACAUUUGAAGCCCUGAAGGCUCGGGUCAGGGAGCUUGAACGGCAGCUAUCUCGUGGGGACCGUUAUAAAUGCCUCAUCUGCAUGGACUCAUAUUCGAUGCCUCUGACGUCCAUCCAGUGUUGGCACGUGCACUGUGAAGAAUGCUGGCUUCGGACCCUGGGUGCCAAGAAGCUCUGCCCUCAGUGCAACACUAUCACAGCACCUGGAGACCUGCGGAGGAUCUACUUGUGAGCUAACUACCCCCAGCAGGCCUUGCCUCAGGCAGCCCCACCUGCCCCCAGACUCUGUGACAGUGACCCUCCUCCCUUGUACAUACUUGCACACAGGUGCCCCAUGUACAUACACACACUCACACUCUUAUUACACUCACACAUAUACACAGGGCUCUGGAGCCAGAGUGGAGACUGAGAGCCAGGCCUGCUGCAGGCUCCCACCAGGAUUGGGGACCACACUUGUUCCAGGCUGUUCCCAAGGUGGAGCAGGGAGUAGGGGAGCAAGGCUCCUGAAAACUAGCUUCCAUGCUGACAGAUGGACAGACAUGCAAACACCAGACUGAAGCACAUGUAAUAUAGACUGUGUAUGUUUACAAUGUUGUGUAUAAAUGGAACAUCUCCUUUUCUUCCGCCCCACCCUUCUUCCUUUGGUUGUACGAUUUUCUUAAGAACACCUGAAGCAGUGCCACCUUCAGGGCUGGCUGGGGGCUCGGCCCAUCCAUCUCUUUGGGUGCCUGCCUUCCCCUCCCAUGGUGUCCUUCCCCCUCCCAUGUGCUCGGUGUUCAGUGGUGUAUAUUUCUUCUCCCAGAUAUGGGGCACGUGCCCCGAGGGACAUGAUCUUCUCCUUAGUCUUAGCUCAUGGGGCUCUUUGUAAGGAGUUGGGGGAAGGGACAGGAGAUGGAAACCGAGCAGAAGAAGCAGGGGCUAAUAACAGGGUUGGGUGAGGGUGCUCCUGGCUGCCCAGCCUUCAGUCAAGAACUGUUCCUGGGGUUAGAGCUGCUGUUUCCAGGAAAUCUCCCCCUACCUCUCCUGUGGGCCCCAUGGUGUGAUGCUGUGUCUGUAUAUUCUAUACAAAGGUACUUGUCCUUUCCCUUUGUAAACUACGUUUGACAUGGAUUAAACCAAUAUAAAUAG